CUCAUUCAAGUUGACAUGUGACAACUGACCACUGACCACUACAUUAUUGUUCCUGUUACUGGAUAAUGAGUGUGUUAAGUGACGGUCUUUAGAACUGCCUGAUAGCUGUAACACUGAAGAAAUUUAAUAACUCCAAGCUGUAAGUUUCAUCAUGGUAAAAACCAGAAAGAUCCGUGUCAUCACAGGAUUGCAGGAUGUCACUAUUGCAAUUGACAACAAGAUCAUGGGUUCUGAAUUCCUACUUCAAGUGGCAUCUGAACUUGGCAUUACUGACACACAAUGGCUAGGCCUGCAGUACAGUGACCUCCAUGGACGGUGGUGGUGGCUGCAGGACCACAAAAAGGUGUUGGCCCAGAAAGUGCGGCCCAUUGCAGAUCCACUUGUCAUGUUCCUGAAGGUGCGGCUCUAUCCACCAAAGCCUUCUACUGUCAAAGAUACCACUGUGCAGCGGCUGGUAUUCCUACAAGUACAGUCCGCACUAGAAGUUGGGGAACUGACGUGCCCAUUGCCCCGUAAUAGCACACUUGCCUCUCUAGCACGACAAGACAGUGUUCUGCUGUACCUGGAGACAGCAGAGGACCUUGAGGAGUAUGGGAUGUGGCACUUCAUUGUGACACGACCACAUGACCCUAUCCCAGCCAGACUCAGUAUCAACUCAACGGGCUUCAGUUUUAUCCUCCAUAACAGAGUUAACCGCUUCGGACGCCGUGCUGAGUCGACGACCGGUGUCGUGUUCGAAGAUGUCCGGCUAUCCACAACUACUAAUCGCUACAAGCUGACUCCUAAUAUGUAACAAAAUGAAAAUAUGAAGUUCUUUUUUUCAGGAUUCUCAAACCAAGUGAACAGACCUAUCACUCUGUAACGUAGGUAAUGUUGGCCACUGUAUUAAGACUAUUUAAUUAUUCUUGACCACACCUACGCAAUAUAAAGAUUUAUACAGUUUUUCUUUGAAAUAUAGCAGUGUAGAGAUUUAUAAAAGAUUUUCUUAUAAAAAAACAAACAACAUACCGUGCUUCAACACACAAUAAUGAUUACAUUUCUUACAUAACAUAACAAUAUAUUCAAUUUCUUGUCAAAAUGUUGCGGUGUAUUGGAUUUAUAAACGGUUUUCUUAUGAAAAAAAAAAAUAAGGAAUAUGCUCCUUGUAUUUCAAAACAUUGGCCGGACACUUACGAACAAGUGGUCAGCUGCGAUCAUGAAUAUUAGAGUACACAAACUCGCGUUAAGUUGCCAGAUUCACUUGAUAUCACAAUAUUUCACAGAAAAGGUGGUCAACUAGAUAUUGUAUAUUUUUGAAUACUCUACUAUCAUAUACCUAUAUAUCAAAAUAACUUAAGUAUUUUAAACACAUAUCUACGGCAUAAACGCCUUAAUAGUAAAAUUAUAUUUUCUAACCUUCUAGGCUAGGAAGUAAACUACAAGAAACCAUAAACGAAUGAAGCUCCAUAACUGAGUUUAUUUUCAUAACUUAGAAAUCCAAGUCUGAUAAUGAAUUUGUCUAUUGCCAACCAAUUCGUUCUGCGUCAUAGAGACCUAACAGAGACUUAACUAAUGGACAGUGAUCAUCCUGACUAGUUAUUCUUAGUCUAAAGGCAUACCAUGUUCGGGCUAUGGCAAAACACUUAGGAACGCGGUGAUAAAAGCACUGCAGCACCCUCGGGCUAUUUCGGUUUCUGCCGCAAUUUUUUUUUUCGCAAAGAAAACGGAAUAAAAAUAGCUGUGUACUUUCCUUUUGAAUCAUUAACCUUGCAGAGGUGAAGUGAAAUGUGUGUUAAGGUUUUGUGCUGUAUUAAAGUCUCUAAAAAUGAAAGUGCUCGGUA